AUGCAAACACAUUUCUUAUAUCAAGAGGUAUGUUGUAGAUAUUUUUAGUGCUCUCAUUAUUAUUAGCAUUUAUAAAGCACCAACAUAUUCUGCAGUGCUUUCCAAUUAUAAAAAGGGGCUAUUCAUCGUUGAAGAAGGUCCUGCUGAAAUGAGCCUACAAACUAUGAGGAUUUGAGAUAGGUGGAUAUAUAUUAUGUGUCUUGCCUAGGGACACUUGCUGUUGAGGUGGUCUGACCAGGAUUCAAACCUCAGGUCUAAGACAGUGACAUCACUACUCUAACAAGCCAAUAAUUCAAGGCUGUGACGGGGUAGGAGGUUGUCUGGUUGUAACUGUAGCAGUAUUUCAAGGUUUCGAGCAGGUGUUCGGGUAGAUAGGGAACAGUUUAACAAAAUAUUGUGGAGGAUAGCAGAAUGUCCGGGUGUAUACAGAGCAGCAUUAAUCAAAUACUAUGAAAAACUGCUUGAUGUUUGGGUUGAUAGACCACAGUAUAAUAAAAUAUUAUGCAGUAAAGCUCAGUGUAAGAAUAGCAGAAUAACAAAGUAGCAGGGUUUCUGGGUAGAUAUAGGGUAGUAUAACAAGGGGGUAAGCAAGAAAGCUUGAUGUAUGGAUGUAAAGAGAAACCCACAUACAUUUUAUCCUCUACCUCCAUCAUUAUCACCAUACAAAUUACAACUCCCGUUUUUUUGUUUGUUUUAGAUUCCCCUAUCAUUUGAUGAUGUGGCAGUGUAUUUCUCUGAGGAGGAGUGGGACUUUUUAGGAGUGAGAGAGAAAAUACUGUACAUGGAUGUUAUGUUGGAUAAUUACCAUACUCUAUGCUGUCUUGGUAAGUCACAACAGUGCAACCGAAACGUUGGUUAAUGACGUUUUCUGAUACCUGAUUUUUGCCUGCCCUUAUAUUUAGGAUAAGCGUUUCAAAUGAUACAAUAUGUUUGGGUAAACUUUUGAAAUAAUUUUAUAUUCUGAAAUUUGCUUCAAUUGUUUAUUUAUUUUAUUUUAAAGAGUCAGAUAUACUUUUUUUAUACAACUUUAUUUUUUAUACUAAAUAACUCCAUGCUUUCCUAUGAACAACAUUUUGUCACAUGACAACUAGAGGGUUUAAACUAUAGGGUCACUGCACCAUUCAUUGAGAUUAGACUUUCUGGGUGCAUCUUCUUAUGAUCGACCACUUUUCAUAUCAAUGCUCUUUGUUUAUCUUACCAAACUGUUUAAGCUGUACAAUAUCUGGAGAAUGCAACACCCAAUAAAAUCUAGUUCCUCCGUGUCUAGCUACAAGACUGUGUUCUUUUCCACCUACAGGUCCGAUUUUCUGAUCCACCAUUUUUGUGUCUUGCCUGUCCUCCAUUACUUAUUAUCUUGCAAGCAGGGCCUUUGGUGCUAGAUAUGCAGUGCAGUGGAACUAUAUAUAUUAUUCCUAUAAAUUGUAAUGAGUGUCCAUUUUCAUAAAUAGGCUGUGUCCAUGAAACACCAGAUGUGAUAGUCAAGAUGCUGCUGGGACAUGAACCAUAUAACUUGUCUGCACACACAGGUUAGUAGUGUUCCAUCAUCAACCUCACAGUUUACAUUUAGAUUUAUUUCAUCUGAGUCAAGAGAGAAAAGUUCAAGUAUCACAUAUCAUAUAUCAGCCAGUGUUCGUAAUAAUAAAAAUAAAUAUGAUGCAGAAAUGCCUACCUUGUUAUUUUGUUUGUUUUUUGAUGUAAAUGUAGAGGUUCCAUUGUAUGGACAAAUUAAAGGAACACGCCAAGCACCAUACCCACUACAGCAUCCUAGAAGUGCUCUGUUGCCCCCUCCCCUCUUACCUGAGAGCCAAAAACUCCUGAGCUAAAAAAUGCAAUGCAGGUCUAGCUCAUUGGCUGAAAGCGUCAGCUGAUCACUCUCAGCCAGUGAGCUAAGCUCUGUACAACUGGGCUUAACUCAGACACAAUCGGUAGUAGUGGAGAUGGGUAAAAUGGUUUCACUAUUUACAAAUGAGGGGGGCGCCAGUGCACUUGUUGCACCAUAACCACUACAGCAAAUUGGGAACAUAAAGAUGUAAAGCAGGAAGAGGAGAUUUUAUACAUAUUUGGUGGAACUGCGACUUAAUUCAAAUUUAUUGGAAAAAUUUACAUUAUCAGAUUCAACAGAUCAGGUUUAGAUCUGCCAUUUAACUCUGAAAUUUUCCUAUUACAUUUUGAGCUAAUUAACACCAAUAGAAGUUUACACAUUUUUUAAACAAAUGGGGGUUUUUAGUUACCUCCAAUGGCAAACCUCUUAGGUGGGUCCUAACUCUAACCAUUUGCCUUGCUUCCUUGAGCUUCUGGCAAAAAUAUCUCUAAUGAGACAGAAAGGGGUAUUUUUUAUAUACAUCCCUACAUGCUUAUUUCCCCUUAAUAGGGAACACAUGGCAAUGACCAUAGUACACAUCUAUUUAUUUUUAUGUCUUUGGUUUUUACUAUAUGUAUUUUGGCUGAUGCGUACUAUGGUCAUUGCUGCCGCCCAGGAGUAAUGGGAGUUGGAGCGCAGGACUAGUUUCUUUGUAGAAGUUUAAAAAUGUACCUUAUUCAUAUAUUGAUAGCAGCAAAAAUUCUUGUAGCCAGAUAUUGGAAACAAGACAUAAUGCCUAAUUGGUUUCUUAUUAACGAACAAUUAUUCUUCCAGUUUAAAAUGGAAAGAGGAUUAAUAAAUCAAUUGGAUAAAACUAAGAAAGAAUAUUGAUCAGUGGAUAAAAAAAGAUCACUAAUGUUUGAGAUGUCUCUUUGGUGUUGUUUAUGGUUUUUCUGAAUAAUUGUGGAUGUUAAACCCUUUCCCUCUCGAAUUGACCCCCUAGAAUAAUAUACAGUAUAACUAUAUCUUUCCAACUGUUUUUUUAUAAUUACACAAAGUGAAUAGCCAAGGGGGGACUGAAUAGAAACUCAUCGCUUAAUAUUUGUAUGUAUGUGUUAAAAUCAAGAGAUGAGAUAUAUUUGAAGAUUAUACUAGCUUUAGUGUACUAAUAAUCUUAAUUUUAGUAAUGACAGGAGGCGAAUAUUUGCAUAUCUUUCUUUACUCAAAACUCCAGCAGCAUAGUAACAUAAACAACCAAUCAGAAAAAAGAUAUAAUGCCCAUAAAAGGCCCUGUCUAUGACAUCACUUCCUCUUUCUUUGAAGCGAAACAAUAAAUAGCAAUAGGAGACAUAAUCAUAUUACGUCAACAGUUCAACAACAUAUUAGAAUAUCCAACUCCACUAGUUCCGCGAUGCAGAGGUAUAGAAGGUGAAUCUUUGUCACGAUGAGAAGACGUUCACGCUGCAAGAAAAAGAAAAAGGUGAAAGGUAUCUGGCGUGAUAACUUGUCCGCAUACAAUAAGCAUUAAGCAUCUGACAUACCAGCGAACAUUAGAGUGUGAAACAUAUCAAUAUAUAUUUAUUCUAACGCAAUGAUAUUUAAGAAUCUAUAAACACAACAUAAUGCAAGGUUCACGUCUAAUAUUCAGCCAAUACAAGACCCACAAGAUACAGGUCUAAGUAGCAAACAUACAAACCAUACGUACUUACCUUCCUGAACAUAAAGGACAUAUUCUGUUCAAUACGAGGAACAUGGGAGGGAUUCUACAGGGUGGGAAAUAUUCGCCUCCUGUCAUUACUAAAAUUAAGAUUAUUAGUACACUAAAGCUAGUAUAAUCUUCAAUUUUACCACAUGACAGGAGGCUUCAUAUUUGCAUUUUUAAAGCUUUGAAUUGACCAAUGUGAAGGAAGCAUGAGAUGUUUGCCGAAAAUAGAACGUUCUAAACGUACUCUCUCGCGCUCAGUCCGCGCAGCGUAUAAUGUCGGCUAGGGAAGCGUCGGCCGAAAAGGUUUGUGAGGCCGCUGCUCCCCUGACCGAGUGGGCUCCGAAACAAGGUUCGACGCUAAAGACAAAACCCCGCGGACCCAUCUGGCCAGUGUUGCGGUAGACAGCGGUCCAUGAGGGUUUACGUAAGAAGUCAGAAGGUGAUCCGUCGAGUGAGUUCGAAGGGGGUAGAGAUAUUGGUGUACCCCAUUAGCGUUCUGACCACGCAUAGUGUGGCGUCUGACACAAAGCAUGGGUAUGACACUGAAGACGAAUCAGACUUAGUUUGUCUCGACAUGGUAAAGGUAACCCCGUCUGGUGUGAGAGAGAAACCAUCCAUAUCGCAAGCCCUAACGUCCGCCACCGUCUAAAUGAGACGAGGCAUAAUAAGAAGGCUAGUUUGGCUGAAAGUUGCUUCAGUGACCAACAAGGAUUGUCCGGCCAUUCCCUAAGGAAUCUCGGCACCACAUCCACCUGCCAGAGGCGUGAAUAUUUGGGUGCCGGGAUCUCGACAAUUCGGCACCCCGCAGUAGUCGACAAACCAGUGUAUCUUGACCUACUGGUCUGCCCUGUACCGGAACGUGCGCCGCCCACAUGGCGGAUCUGAUCAUGUUGAGGGAUCGAUAUGACCGACCCAACGAGACCAGGUGUGACAGAUAGUUGGGGAUCAGUGGGACAGGUGCGGUAAAGGGAUCGGAAUCCCUUUCCACACACCAAUCACUCCAGGCCGACCAGGCAGAAAUAUAGCCUUUCCUGGUGCCGGGAGCCUAUGAGUCCCAUAGGAGGUCUUAGUUGAUGCAAUAGGUCGUGAUCUGACCAGGAGCCCCUGAAGCCGUCCAGGCAACUAGUGUCAGUUGUCCUUCCAUGACAAGGGAGUGGGCUCCCCCUCGAGGUCCCGUCAGAAGUAGAGGGAAGGUAGGGAGUAGUAGAGGGUCUUCGCGAGACAUCUCCAGGCGAUCCGGGAAAUCACGGUUGGCCCUGCCCGAGGGGUGUCAUGAGCAGGAGCGAUAUCUUGUGAGUGUGUGUGUGUAUUGAAGCACCUUUGCUAUUGUGGAGAAACGGCUGGGUCGCGUUUGCAGGGGUUCAUCCAUCGCCCCGUAUCCGAAGGAAGAGUCAAAGAUCGUUUUGCCAAUCCAAGUUUGUAUGUGAAGUAAUCACCAUCGAAAUUCCAUCCUCACUUCCGCCGACAGUGGGAUCCAGUGGUCAUAUGAGUGAGCGGUGCGUACGUAUCUCACCAUCAGUCGUAGUGGGCCAGGGAAUAACGCUUGUAUGGAGGAGGAGAGGAGGAGAGGAAUCCCACAAUCCGACAGUUAUCCUUAUAGAGGCGCUCUUUGCCGUAGACUGACGCGGAACAUAGUUCUCCAAGCCGAUGUCGAAACUGAGGAACUGGCCCGAUUCAGAUGGAGAAGCGAUCUUUGUCUGUGUACAACAAAAAAUCCCUGGAGUCCCGAAAGUGAACGACAAAUCUGUCUGCAAAUGUAGUCUGGAUUCGUAAAGAAUCAGCAAGUCUUCCAGGUAUACGAGGCAUCGCACGCCCAAAUUUGCGGAUGUGUGCCCUCACUGGUUACAGUAGGUUCGCGAGCACCACGGAGUCGUAAACUGCCGUGUUUGUCCUCACCAUCGGGAUCGGAGGAAAACUUCGGCAGUCCAGGGCAACGGGUACCGACAAGCGUGCGUCCUUGAGGUCUAGAUGUGUAAACCAGUCGUUAUCGCCUAGGAGGUCUUGUAGAAGACGAAUUUCCUCCAUCUUGCAGCAUUUUUAUACCAUGUAGGAGUUCCAUUGAUGUAGUCUCCUGGCUUCUUCUUGACCAGGAAAAAUUUGUUGGGGAAGCCUUCCCCUCCGUUGCGUGUUGAAUUGCGCACCUCCUGAAGAGGGUGCAGAUUUUCUUGUCCACGAGGCGUUCCUGUUCCGCCAGCGUGCGUAAUGGAGGUGAAGGGGCGACCUGUACGGCUGUGAUAAAACUCUAUGACAUAACCUUGUACUGUCUGGAGAACCCAGGUGACUUUGGUAGUCGUCUCCCAAUUCUGUAAAACAGAGACAGGUUGCCGGUCAUAAUAUUGGAAACAGUUAGUUAUGUAGGUUGACACACUAGUAGAUGAAGCGGAUGGGUUCAGACUUGUUUUAGCGAGGUCUGGGUUUAGUGUGGUGAAUAAAUUCACGUGUUUUUUGAGUACUGCAAUGAACACUACGUCGAAUAGUAGGCCUUGUGCUUUUGGGCCGAAUACUUGUCGUUCCUAGGUCCAAUAGUGUGUUGUCGAUGCGGCCCAGUACAGAUUUGCGUCUGUCGGCGCAUAGUGCGUCAUUUACGUUGCCCAGGAGGCAUAUCGAGCAUUGAGACCAUUCUUUGGAGGUGGUAGGGUUGAGUUGUGUACCCUGGGGCAACUCGGUCUUGAGGCGUGCGCAUCCUUCCAUCCCCCGAGGGUUGUGCAGCCAAUAGUGUUCGUCCAGGAACGUUCCGUCUUCGGCUACUCUGGUUUAGUGCCGCUACAGUUAUCUCUGCCUCAGCCGCCGUCACGGAGUAAGGUUUCCCUAACUUACUUCGAGGAAGUGUGGGGAAGGUCUUGCCGUUCCAUUUCCUCAGACGGUGAGCUGUCUUCGUGUCGCUCAUCUACCAUGUCCAAAGUACGUGGUGGGUAAUAGUCUUUUUUGUCGGAAGAUUGUGGCGGACGGGGUUUGGAUUCCCGGUGUUCCGCCUAUUUGGUCUGUUCGAUGGGCAUCUUGCCCUUGACCUUAGUGGCAGGGGGGCUGGAGCCCUUCCCUUGCCGUUUUGACUUGAAGGCUUGUGGGCCUGAGGUCUCCAUCAAGCGGUGUGGGGUAGAGUUCAUAACAGAACCUUCUCCACUGAGGCCGUUACUGUGGCGUUUAUCAUUGUCUAGAAAUCUUGGGAACGUUGAGAGUGUCCACCAUGACUCGUUCCCGUCCUGUUGGGAGAUAGUGUGGGGGUCAGCACGUAGGGGUGUUAGACUCCUGGUAGAACUGGGGAUCACCCAGGUAAAAAGAGGGGUCACCUCUAUUAGUUUAAUCUGGCUACUGAGAGCCGUGGUGCAGGCGCGACUGCCUGGUAGUGGUGUCGGUCUGGCUAGCCGGGUUCACCACAAAUGUACGCCAGAGCUGUAUGCAGGGUUUUAACUACACAGGCUUACUAUAUAGGCGCAUGGGGCCUGUCUCCAUAAGGUCUGCAGCCGCAGGACCCAUGUCUAUUAGGCUGGGUUCAUCCCAGGUGGUGUGCCAUGGUAACCCAGAGGACACCCAUAUUAUACUUAUUGGCACCUUACAAGCAUUGCAUGCAUAUCUGGGAGUCAUCCCAGGUGGUGUGUCAUGAAAAAUUACCCAGAGGACACCCACGUUCCAUAUGUACACUAGGCACAGAAAAUAUACAUAUAUGUAUCCCUGUGAAGGUUACACCGCAAUACACUCAAUUUUCUUAGUGAUCCUGCCAUCAAAUCGCAUCCGGCAUGGUACUGUUGCUUUAAUGUAAAACUGACAGGCAGUGUUUAACCCCUUAAAGACACAUGAGAUGUGCGACAUGUCAUGAUUCCCUUUUAUUCCAAAGUUAAACAUCCAUAGUUAAGGGUUAAACAUCCAUAUAUGUCUGUAGUAAUCAGUGGUAAAGUUGAGGCGUAGGCCUCCAUGCAUAUGAUCGGGGUUCACCCCGGGUGGUGUGCCAUGGUAACCCAGAGGACACCCACAUCAAAGGUAAUGGUCUGUCAGUGACCUUGCAUGCAUAUCUGGGGGGUCACCCCAGGUGGUGUGCCAUGGUAACCCAGAGGACACCCACAUCAAAGGUAAUGGUCUGUCAGUGACCUUGCAUGCAUAUCUGGGGGGUCACCCCAGGUGGUGUGCCAUGGUAACCCAGAGGACACCCACAUCAAAGGUAAUGGUCUGUCAGUGACCUUGCAUGCAUAUCUGGGGGGUCACCCCAGGUGGUGUGCCAUGAAAAAAUACCCAGAGGACACCCACAUAAAUUUGCACCGUCAGGUACAGUAAUAUAAUAUGACCCUCUGUAGGGUACAAUAAUAUAAUAUAAUAUGCCCUUUGUAGGGUACAGUAACAUAAUAUGCCCUUCGUAGAGUACAGUGAUAUAGUUGAUCUUGAUAUAGGUACAGUAUAUGUUUUGUAUAACGACUGUGAUAUUGUAUGGCUUCACAAUAAUACAUAGAUUGUGUGCCUGCUCAUGAGAAUAAAAAAUAAUAAUUGUAUAUAAUUUUUUGCCAGUAUGCCGUCUGAUCCUGAGGAGAUUAUAACCAUGUAUAGUAUAACCCUAAUUGGGGUAUAGUAGCUGAUAUGACCCUAAGCAGGGCCUAGAGACAUAAAGGUCUGAAGCUGGCAAAAAAGGGGGGAAUGUUUGUCUCUUUAAUGCAUGCAUUUAUAAUAGAUAGGCAGCACAGCAGGCAGGCACUGGGCAAAUAUAUAUAUAGAAAGGCAAAAAUCCACUGUAACCUAAUACCCUCCCUUAGUACAUACUAGGGAGGGUAUAAAGAUGUGGAGCCCAGCGGUCGGGUGAGUUACCGAUCCGCCGGGCAAGCGGGGAAGGCGGCCGUCCGGUAUCUCGCGAGCCGCGAGAUCCAAGAUGGCCGCUGCCCGCGUGUGAAGUAGCGCCGCGAUCGACCGCUCGGCGCCGGAAUGACGAGGGAACGCAGUUCCCAGUCCCCCUCCACCCGUCCCCUUGCCGGCCCCACAAAAGGAAAAACGUUAGCCGGCCCGCGGCGCGCGGCACUGACAGCCGUUGCUCGCGGGUACCGGUAGUGAAAAGCAAUAGGGGCCCAAAAGAAAACUGCAGGGACAGGGAGAAGGGAACAGCGAAAGUAAAAACUAAAUAAAUAAAUUAAUUAAAUGAAAUAAGUAAAUGAAAUAAAUAAAUUAGCUAAAUAAAUAAAUUAACUUAGGUAAAUAAAUUAACUUAGGUAAAAAUAGAACAAUACCAUCCAAAAUACAGAGAAACAAACAAUAUAUGUAAGCAAUUGCCAGGGAGGCAAAAUACUCUGACCUGAUGUUGGCUGGAGCAGCAAAGAAAGAGGAAGUGAUGUCAUAGUUAGGGCCUUUUAUGGGCAUUAUAUCUUUUUUCUGAUUGGUUGUUUAUGUUACUAUGCUGCUGGAGUUUUGAGUAAAGAAAGAUAUGCAAAUAUGAAGCCUCCUGUCAUGUGGUAAAAAUAUAUAUAUAUAUUUACAAUGUGUCAAUUUUCAUGUUACGUCUAUGCUUUAUAGAAUGUUUAAAACUUACAGUAUAUACUCGAGUAUAAGUCUAGUUUUUCAGCACAUUUUUUGUGCUUAAAAACCCCCACUCGACUUAUACUCGAGUCACUGUCUGUAUUAUGGCAACUUAGAGAGCCGCGGCCGUCAGAGCCAUGGCAACGAUCCGCGCGGCAACCAGACCGCGAGACUUACAGUGGAGCUGACCGGAACGGAGGAGAAGGGAGCUGACAGGAGCUGCAGGAAAGGUAAGUAAAUGCCUCCUGCCGGUCCCCCCACUUCCCAGCCCAUGCCACUGGACCACCAGGGAUUAAGAUAGCCCCCCUCCCUGACCAGUUAACAAGCAGGCGGGGGGGACAAUUUUUUUUUUAAAAUAAUAAAAAAAAUAAUAAUAUAAAAAAAAAAUUAAAAUAAUCAAAAUGCCCUCCCCCCACCCAGUUCACACACACUACACAACACACACACUCUGCAUUAUAUACACACUCUGCAUUAUAUACACAGAGUGUGUGUAUAUAAUGCAGAGUGUGUGUUUGUAUGAGUGUGUGUGUGUAUAUAAUGCAGAGUGUGUGUUUGUAUAAGUGUGUGUGUAUAUAAUACAGAGUGUGUGUUUGUAUGAGUGUGUGUGUGUAUAUAAUUAUAAAAAUCACAGAAUUUCAUAGCCCCAAGUUUUACCCUCGACUUAUCCACGAGGCAUAGCAUAUUUCACAAUUGUUGGUCACAAAACUGCACUCGACUUAUACAUGAGAUCGACUUAUACACGAGUAUAUACGGUAAUAAAAAGAAUUGUACAAAAAAAAAUGCUUCAUUAGGAUUGUAAAUGUAGCUCAACGUAUAAUAUGAGCUAGAUGAAUUACGUUUGGGAUAUACUGUAAAAACACAUGUAGCACAAAUGACAGUCAUUUUAUAUUUAUAUGUUUCAUUACUUUAUUAUAGUAUAACAUUAUACAUCUAUUAUUGUAAGUGUGAAGCUACCUCCAAGCCCAUCACAUUGCAGUGUUUUGAUAGUUCAUUUCCUGCAAUUUCAAAUAAGCAAAAAAAUAUUCAUGCACAGAAAUGUGUUCAUCUACAGGCUGGUAAUCAUAGCUAGAGUAUACAUGAAUAUAUAAAUUUAAUUUAGCAAAAUGAAUGAAAAUGUAUGACAUCAUCAAUUUAUUAUUUUAUUUUAUGGCCUGCUAUAAUGCUAGUAGUAUAUUGUCACCCUUCCAUAUUAAAAUUCCCUGUUUUGAAAUGGUUUGCAUCUUAUCUUGGUGGUGCCAGAUUUCAAGCCUCCUCUAAUGCCAGGUGCAUUAGACGUGCAUCUGAUUUCUGUAGAGGUACAGAAGCUGGAUGCCAAUCCUGCUGGUCAUUCAUUGGCUGAGAGCUCUCACUCAAUUAAUGACCCUCCGUGAAAACAGUAUAUGCACAGAAUUUACACUAGUCAUUCUGGAGCCCUUGUUCCGAGUUUGUGGAUGACACUGCCACAGGGGUUACACUUCUGGCAGCAACAUAACAUUAAAAUUAAAAAUAGCAAUGAUCAAAUCCCAAUACAAUCUAUAUUUUUUGAGAGGAGUUUUAAUUCAUGAAUGACCGUUGUUAUUGCAGUCAAAUGACAGACUCAUAUAUUUUCUUAAAAUCUGUUUCUUCAGACAGCCUUGAAACCACAAGAACUGAUGAAAAACAGCUGAGUGUGCCUGUUUGUUCUGCAGAUCUGUUUACCUCUGACCAUACACAAUACUGGUAUGUCGAGAAUGAUGCUUGCAGACUGCAAUGGGACACAACGAGGACCUUGGAAGCAAAACAAGAUGAAAGAGAUUAUCAUGGAAGUGAAUACCUGGGUCUAAAGUUUGCCAGACUGUAUAGCCAGUGCUUUUACAAGGAUGAUAAUGCAGCUGUCCAUUUAGAUAAGGCUGUAGCAAACAGCCAAUAUGAAACUAUUGUGAGGGAUGAUAUCAGCAUACAUAAAUCAGAAUUUACAUCUGACCACACAGUGCAUAGCAUGGAAAAACUAUACUCUUGCACUGAAUGUGGAAAGAGUUUUAAUCGUAGCUCACAUUUGUUACGGCACAAAAUAAUUCACAUGGGCGAGAGACCAUGUUACUGUGGUAAAUGUGGCAAGAGUUUUAUUGAUCGUUCCCAGCUUGCUAUACACAAGAGGACACACACUGCAGAAAAACCCUAUGUGUGCAUCAAUUGUGAGAAGAGCUUUAUUUGCAAAUUACAUCUAGCAAGGCACCAGCGAUCCCACUCUGGGGAGAGGCCAUAUGUUUGCAGUAAAUGUGGGAAACGAUUUGCCCAGAGCUCAAACCUGCUAACCCACCUGAGAACACACACAGAAGAGAAGCCAUAUUCUUGCACUCAGUGCGGAAAACGUUUUAGCCGCAGAUCUCAUGUGGUAAGGCAUCAGCGGAUACACACGGGGGAAGGGCCUUACGUUUGCACUGAAUGUGGUAAAAGUUUCACUGAAAGUUCAGCACUACUUAAGCAUCAGCGAACACACACCGAUGAGAAACCUUAUGACUGUACCUGGUGUCCAAAAAGCUAUGUUGAUAAAUCUGCUCUUGCCAAUCACCAGAGAACUCACACAGGAGAGAGACCUUAUCCCUGUAGCUACUGUGGGAAGAAAUUUUCUCACAGUUCAGUACUGGUAAAGCAUCAGCGCAUUCACACUGGAGAAAAACCCUACUCUUGUAGCAAGUGUGAAAAAUGCUUUUCUCAAACUUCUGCGCUUAUUAACCAUCAGAGAACACACACAGGAGAGAAACCAUUUGCUUGCACAGACUGUGGGAAAUGUUUCACACAGACAUCUUCAUUGGUCAAACACCUACGGACUCACACAGGGGAGAGACCGUACACCUGCACUGAGUGUGGCAAAAGCUUUACAUACAGUUCUGUUCUUGUUAAACACCAGCGGACUCAUAAAAAAGAAAAAUUGUGA